GCGGACGUCCGUCUUUCUGGGGGCAGGCAGCCUUGUCUUUCUCCCCAGCUGCAGCUGGGAGGUUUGAACUGCUGCCCUUGCGGUCAGCAGCCGACUUGUAAUACACCCAGAGCUCUUCUAGCCCAGCGCCAUCUGAUCUUAGCUCAGUUCCCUGUGGAAAGAGCCUAUUUCUGGGGUACGGCUGUGGACAGACCUUUUGGCGGAUGAUCCACUGCACAGCAAGUCUGGGGAUGGCUCGGCUGCAUGGCCCCCGCUUGGGGGGGGGGGUCUCCCUUGAGCUGUAAGCGCCCGCUGCUGCUGCCCCUGCACUGCACACUCGAGCCCCAGCGGGCGCGCUCACUCAGGUACCCCUCCCCCUGCAGGAUCAUCAGUGCCUUUGUCCGCACCUUCAAGUACUUCUAUGGCCUGCGCUUCGAGGUCCGGGGCCUGGAAAAGCUGGAGCUGGACCAGCCCUGUGUGAUCAUCUCCAACCACCAGAGCAUCCUGGACAUGAUGGGCCUCAUGGAGGUGCUCCCCAGGCGCUGUGUGCAGAUCGCCAAGCGGGAGCUGCUUUUCCUGGGCCCCGUGGGCCUGAUCAUGUACCUGGGGGGCGUCAUCUUCAUCAACCGGCAGCGCUCCAGCACUGCCAUGUCCGUGAUGGCAGAAGUGGGCCAGCGCAUGGUCCAGGAGAAUCUCAAAGUGUGGAUCUACCCCGAGGGCACACGCAACACCAACGGGGACCUGCUGCCCUUCAAGAAAGGUGCCUUCUACCUGGCUGUCCAGGCCCAGGUGCCCAUCAUUCCCGUGGUGUACUCCGCCUUCUCCUCCUUCUACAGCUCCGAGACCAAGCUCUUCACCUCAGGAACCAUCAAGGUGGAAGUGCUGGACGCCGUGCCCACCACCGGCCUCACCGUGGCCGACAUCCCCCAGCUCAUGGAAACCUGCCACCAGGACAUGAGGGCCGUCUUCUUCCGCGUGUCCAAGAUGGCCCAGAAUGGGGGCAGUGGUGGCCUGAGAGCCCAGUAGCCAAGGCUGCAGGCCGGCAGGGCAGUGGGGGGCUGGCCAGAAGAUGGCAGGGGACACCCCUCGCCCCCAGACCACCAAAUAGCACUGUGUCUGCUUCCUAGCUCCAGAUGUCAUUCCAGCCUUGGGAACACAUGGCCCCUCUGUCACUGGCCAGGGGUCAAAAGGGAGUCUGGCCUGAGCCCACCCCCAAGCUGAGGGUAGGGACCCGCCCGGCCUCCAGGGUCCAGGCUAUGUCCACAUCAGAGGGCUGAAAGGCCGGGAGCCUUGGGACCAGCUGGUUUGAGUCAUCCCUGUCCCCGCUGCUGCAUCAGGCCCUGGGGAGAGGAGGGGCUGCACUGGGGGGAGCAGGGGCCAGCGUGUCCACCAGCCCCAGGUCUGCAGACUGCAGGUGGUGCAGUCUCUUGUUUUUUAUAAACCACUCUUAGAGACAAA